CGUCCAUGGCCUCACCGACUCGCAGGAGCUCGUCGUCCCCCGCACUUGGGUAGACGCCAUCUCGCUAUCAGUGGGCCGGACCCGCCAUUCGGCGAUAGCCAAACAACCGGUCCGACAUGGCAUCAUCUGAUGGAGCCUCGAGCUCAAUCAGCUUAAGCUCCAGUGGCUCCCUCACAUCGUGUCACUUUCACCCCUCGUCCCCAACAUACACCACCAAAGCCUCCUCCCCCAGGUAAAGCCCUUCAACAGAGCACCCACAAUGGCCUCCCAAGCUCCCCGCGGCCGUCUCGCCGGCAAGAACUGCGUCGUCACCGGCGCUGCUGGUGGCAUCGGCCUCGAAACGACCAUCCUCUUCGCACGCGAGGGCGCCAAGGUCCUCAUGGCCGACGUCUCGGGUCCGGCGCUCGAGAAAGGGCUCGCGAAAGCGAAGGAGCUGGCGCCGGCAGACGCAGUCAUCGAAACCAAAGUGACGGACGUAUCGAGCGAGGCGAGUGUGGAAGCCAUGAUCGCGCACGUCGACGCCUGGGGCGGGCUGGACGUCAUCUUCAACAACGCGGGCAUCAUGCACGCCGACGACGCCGACGCCGUCGACACGCCCGAGAAGAUCUGGGACCUGACGCACAACAUCAACGUCAAGGGUGUGUGGUUCGGCUGCAAGCACGCCGUCCUGUCCUUCCGCCGCAACGCCAAGCCCCGCGGCUCCGUCAUCAACACCGCCUCUGUUGUUGCGCUCGUCGGCUCCGCCACGCCCCAGCUCGCGUAUACCGCCUCCAAGGGCGCCGUGCUGGCUCUUACCCGCGAGCUGGCUAUCGUGCAUGCGCGCGAGGGCUUCCGCUUCAAUGCCCUGUGCCCUGCGCCGCUGAACACGCCCCUCCUCCAAGACUGGCUCGGCGACGACCAGCCCAAGCGCCACCGCCGCGAAGUGCACUUCCCGACGGGCCGCUUCGGCGAAGCCAUCGAGCAGGCGCACGCCGUCGUCUUCCUCGCCUCGGACGAGUCCUCCUUCGUCAACGGCACCGACUUUGUCGUCGACGGCGGCAUGACCAGGGCCUACGUCACACCCGAGGGCGCCGCGGCCCCGGCGCCGCAGAACCUGGCGAGCGGACGUUAGGCGGAGCCGUAAGGCGGAGCCGUAAGGCGGAGCUAUUAGGUGUAGCUCUCAAGCGGGCGGGCAUCAACAUCUGGAGACAUAGAUCCACUUAGCAGCACACAGAUACAGACCCAAACCAGACGAAUGAAUGCAUG